UAGUUUACAGACUAUUAGCCCUGAAGUUGACCCUUUCACUGUACCCCCCGAAAAAGGCGGAAUGACACGAAGCGACAGGCUGGUCGCUGCUCCGGAAAGAGACGGGGUGUGACAGUGCGCCGAGUCAGGCCUAAUCUCUCUGAAACAAUCACAACCGAGCUUCCCCGCUGGAUACAUUUGCGAUCGGCGCACUUUUUGGCGACAAGAUUUCCGGAUUGAAAGCGGUUCAUGGUCGCAAAUGCGAGACGAGAGCGAUAAUAGAGCAACGUGGCGGUCGGAUUUGUGAAGAUUACAGUCAACAAAGUGCUCUGUAUAAGACUGCCUCCUAAUCCCUGUGCGAAAGGGAUGGGCAGUGCACCGGCUGAAUCCGACUUUGUGCAAAAAGCUGGGUGGGGAAUGGACGGAGACUCUUCCUCUCGACUCCACACAUGCACAUUAUGGAUGACAGAGGUUCCCAUGUCAUGUGAUUGUUUUGUUUCCUUGCCUCCUGGUUCCCGCGAUGACCAUGUGAUUUUUGGGAAGAACUCCGACCGUCCUCGGGAUGAGGUGCAGGAGGUUGUCCACUACCCUGCAGCAUCUCACCCUCCAGGCUCCAUGCUGGAGUGCACAUACAUCCAGAUCCCUCAGGUGGAGCAGACUCAUGCUGUCAUCCUCAGCAAACCUGCCUGGAUGUGGGGGGCUGAAAUGGGAGCUAACGACCAGGGAGUCUGUAUCGGGAAUGAGGCUGUCUGGACCCGAGAGCCUGUCGCCCCUGGAGAGGCUCUGCUGGGCAUGGACCUUGUCCGACUGGGGUUGGAGCGUGGUGACAGUGCCUGGGCAGCACUGACAGUGAUCACCAGCCUCCUGGAGCAGCACGGCCAGGGGGGGCAGUGCAGGGAGGAUCCCGCACCCUUCAGCUAUCACAACACCUUCCUCCUGGUGGACCGCAACGAGGCCUGGGUCCUGGAAACUGCUGGAAGGUUGUGGGUGGCGCAGAAGGUCACGGAGGGUGUGAAGAACAUCUCCAACCAGCUGACCAUCGGCACUGAGGUGUCGGCAGAGCACCCGGAGCUACGAAGCAUGGCCCAGGCUCAGGGCUGGUGGGACGGCGAAGGAGAGUUCAAUUUCUCUCAGGUGUUCAGCCCCGAGAACCCGCCCGAGAGGAUGGAGCUGGCCAAACAGCGCUACAAGGGAGGCACAGACCUGCUCCAGAAAAAUGAUGGUUCAGUGACAGCAGAGGUGAUGAUGUCCAUUCUGAGGGACAAGCCCAGUGGCAUCUGCAUGGAUUCUGGAGGUUUCUGCACCACAGGCAGCAUGGUGUCUGUCCUUCCAAGAGACACCAGCCUGCCCUGCAUCCACUUCUUUACUGCCACCCCAGACCCCUCCAGGUCUGUAUUCAAGCCUUUCAUCUUCUCGGACUGUUCCACCCCAGUGCCGAGGGUGGUCUCCCCACAGUUCGGCCCAGAUGACCCUGUCAGGCAGCAACCUCGCUUUCAGAGCCAGGUGGACCGCAGACAUGACCUGUACAAGGCACACCAGGUGGCGCUCAGCACCAUGGAAACCAACUUGGACAAGGGUUUAGCUACCCACGAGAUUCUGAGGGAGCUGGAGUCACAGUGUCUGAGCGAGAUUUCAGCUAUGCUAAGUGGAGAGAUACCAGGAGACGAACUGGGGGACUUGUUUUUUGAUUGCGUGGACACAGAGAUUAAGUUCUACCUGUGAGGAGCGCCCUCAGGUGGACAUCCCUAGUGCUCACACAGUUGCAGGAGAAGGCCCUGGGACGGAUAAAACUUUGUUCCCCGUCUGAAGAGCCUCCACCUCACUCACACAAAACACAACCCUGUCACCAUUCCAUCAUUAACACAGACUAAAUGUCUAAACUGUACAUGUGAUUGGAGCAUAUUAACCAUCUGUGUCACCCAGGGAGCAAUGGCUGCACCUCAUUAGUGAGUAUAAUGACGUAGACUACACAGGCGCCUAUGUAGAGCUGUGUGAAGCUGCACAAAUACUGUGAAUAUGGCAUUUGUCUAAUUUUUUGUUUGUUGUUGCAAAUGAAUGGGUUGUCAUGUGAUGGCUACCUGUAGGGAAGGAUUUAAUAAAGAAUGUGCAUAGUC